GAGCAAGGCAAGAUUGGUGUCGUCUUCAAUAUUGGCACUGUGGAUAUUUCUAUCAAAGAGGAGAGCACCCCUGUGAAUGAUGGCAAAUAUCAUGUGGUGCGCUUCACCAGGAAUGGUGGCAAUGCUACACUUCAGGUGGACAGCUGGCCAGUGAAUGAGCACUACCCAACAGGCAACACUGAUAGUGAACGGUUCCAAAUGGUAAAACAGAAAAUCCCCUUCAAAUAUAACCGGCCCGUAGAGGAGUGGCUGCAGGAAAAAGAUGAUGCAACACCGCAUCACCACUUGACUUCGAGACCCGUCACGACGACCACCAAAAUUGGACGACAGUUAACGAUCUUCAACACCCAGGCGCAAAUAGCCAUUGGAGGGAAGGACAGAGGACGUCUCUUUCAAGGCCAGCUCUCCGGUCUCUAUUACAAUGGUUUGAAAGUUCUGAAUAUGGCAGCAGAGAACAACCCCAACAUUAAAAUUAAUGGAAGUGUCCGGCUCGUUGGAGAAGUCCCAUCCAUCUUGGGAACAACACCCACAACCUCCAUGCCACCAGAAAUGUCUACCACAGUGAUGGAAACCACCACUACCAUGGCUACCACUACAACCCGAAAAAACCGCUCCCCACCUAGCAUCCAGACAACAGAUGACAUUGUUUCAUCAGCUGAAUGUUCCAGCGAUGAUGAGGACUUCAUUGAAUGUGAACCAAGCACAGGUAAGACAGGAGGUGAAUUAGUUAUCCCUCUACUUGUAGAAGACCCUUUAGAUAUUCCUCCUAUUGCUACUCGUGCACCUUUCAUUACACUCCCCCCUACCUUUCGCCCCCUCCUCACCAUUAUUGAGACCACCAAAGAUUCCCUGUCCAUGACCUCUGAGGCGGGGUUACCUUGCUUGUCGGACCAAGGCAGCGAUGGUUGUGAUGAUGAUGGCUUGGUGAUAUCUGGGUAUGGCUCAGGGGAAACCUUUGACUCUAACCUGCCCCCUACUGAUGAUGAAGAUUUUUACACCACCUUCUCCUUGGUAACAGAUAAGAGUCUUUCCACUUCAGUCUUCGAAGGUGGCUACAAAGCACACGCACCUAAGUGGGAAUCCAAGGACUUUAGACCUAACAAAGUCUCCGAAACUGGUAGGACUACUACCACGUCUUUGUCCCCUGAGCUGAUCCGCUCCACAGCUUCGUCCUCGACUGGGAUGGUGCCCAAAUUGCCAGCCGGCAAAAUGAAUAACCGUGAGCUCAAACCCCAGCCUGACAUAGUCUUGCUUCCGUUGCCCACUGCCUAUGAGCUAGACAGCACAAAGCUGAAGAGCCCGCUAAUAACUUCCCCCAUGUUCCGUAAUGUGCCCACAGCAAACCCCACGGAGCCAGGAAUCAGACGGGUUCCGGGGGCCUCAGAGGUGGUCCGCGAGUCGAGCAGCACAACGGGGAUGGUCGUCGGCAUAGUGGCUGCUGCUGCCCUCUGCAUCCUGAUCCUCCUGUACGCCAUGUACAAGUACAGGAACAGGGACGAGGGGUCCUAUCAGGUGGAUGAGACGCGGAACUACAUCAGCAACUCUGCCCAGAGCAACGGCACGCUCGUCAAGGAGAAGCAGCAGAGCUCAAAGAGCGGCCACAAGAAACAGAAAAAUAAGGACAAAGAGUAUUAUGUGUAAAAAAUAUACUUAUUUAUAUAUAAAUAUAUAAAUACUUAAUGAGAUUUAACUGAAAUAUCAGAAUCGUUACAGCUAACAAGAUUGGGAGCUAUCAUUUGUGGGAAAAAAAUAUUGGGAAAAAAAUAUUCAGCUGUGACUGUUAACGUCUCAAUCAUCACUUGGAGUCAGCAAACUCUGCCCUACUGUAUUAUAAAGCACACCUAGUGUUCUGGAGAUGGCACAUGCAGCUCUACCAUGUUAGCGGACUUGGAAGUUGCCUAAUCUCCCGCUCUGCUGAACUUUCUGCAAAAGGUAGAAGACUUCAUGGCUUACUUGUUUCAUAUCUCCAAGUGAGUCUUUAACAAUGUUCGUGAUCUUUGACUGUAUCGAUAAUUUUUCAGUUUACUUAUUUAAAAAAAAAAGAAAGAAAAAGAAAAAAAUAUAAACAUUAUAAACAAAACAAAAUCCCAAGCAAACUGAUCUGGCCAUGUCCAGUGUAAUUUUUCAAGAUUGGAGGGGGUGGAAUAAAUGAUUUUGGAGAUCGUUAGGGUUUGGUUUGGUUUGGUUUGGUUUGGUUUGGUUUCCUGGGGGUCCUUUGUUCUUUCUUUCUUUCUUUCUCUCUUUCUUUUUUUUUGCUUUUUUUGGUGGCGGGGGGGGGGGAGAAUGAACUGGGACAUGAGUCAAGAAGAAAUCUCAGAAAAAAACCCCUAAUAAAUAAAGAGAGACUGUUGCCAUAUAUGAACUCAAAAGCUACCCAUGGUGUUUACUCUACAUAUCUGGUUGUGUUGUCUCUAGAAUCCGUUGUCUUGCAGUAAGUUGUUUGCUAACAGCACAGUGAAAGUGUGUGAUGGGUGGUGAUGAAGAUGAUUUUUUUCAUGGAAAGCUGGUUCUCUUGGAUCUGGCUCGUGUUUUCAGUCAGACUCAAGAAUAGAUGGUUUUGGGUCUGGUUUGAUUGGGGCCACUGGAUUUAUUGACAAUAUCAUUUGGUAUGCAUUAGCACAGCCAAAAUAUGUUUAAAUGGAAAUAAGAAGGAAAAACUAAAGAAAAACAAGAAAAUGCUUAGCCACUCUGAACAGAAUAUACCAUGCAAAAAUAAAGGAGCCAUUCUCUAGAUUCUGGUUCUGUGACUGAUUGCAAUGCAUGCAGAUAAGAAUAAUAAUAAGAAAUCAGUGAAUAAGAAAGACAAUAUUCGAGUUCAGCUUGUGACAUGACCCAUAAACGUCACACAAGCGAAACACGCCAUGAAAAAUACAAUAUACAUAGGGGGUUUUUUUUUACAUAAAGCUGUUUUUCAUAUGUAAUAUUUUAAUUUUGUAGCGUAACAUUUCUGAUUAUCUCUGUCUUUCCAUUUACCCUAUUUUCCCUUUACCCUCUCUUUUAUAUACAAGAAAUAAAUGAAUAAAG